GUAAGCGGAAGUGAAGGAGAGUUCCAGAAAGAGCGGCGGGUGCGCGAGAUUCACCAACACACACAACUAUAACAAUAACUACUGUAAUCAUAAUAACAGAGCGAUACUGUACAGUAUUAAAAGGUGAUAGUAUCACUGACUAUCCAUCAUGACGACCAUCGAUUACAGUGUGUGGGAUCAUAUCGAGGUUUCUGAUGAUGAAGAUGAUACUCAUCCGAAUAUCGACACUCCGAGCCUGUUCCGCUGGAGACACCAGGCUCGGGUGGACCGUAUGGAGACGUUCCUCAAGCAGGGCGAGGAGCUGGAGAAGAGCCUGAUGGAGAGCCGGAGGAAGCUGGAGGAGGCGCAGCGCAGGGUGAAGGAGCUGAAGGAGGCGGGGUCCACAGACCAGGGGGAGGAGCUGAGUAAAGCCCAGGCGGAGGAGAAGCAGCUGAGGAAGGAGGAGCGGUCCUGGCAGAAGAAGAUGGAGGAGCACCGCCGAGAGGAGAAGAAGAUGCCCUGGAACGUGGACACACUCAGCAAAGAGGGCUUCAGUAAGAGCGUUGUGAAUGUGAAGCCUGACAAGCAGGAGGAGACAGAGGAGCAGAAGGAGGAGAAACACAAGACCUUCGUGGAGAAGAACGAGAAACAGAUCAAACACUUCGGGAUGCUGCGCCGCUGGGACGACUCUCAGAAGUACCUGUCUGAUAAUCCUCAUCUGGUGUGUGAGGAAACGGCCAAUUAUCUGGUCAUCAUGUGCAUCGAUCUGGAGGUGGAGGAGAAACACGCGCUCAUGCAACAGGUGGCGCAUCAGACCAUCGUCAUGCAGUUCAUCCUGGAGCUGGCCAAGAGCCUGAAGGUGGAUCCGCGCGGAUGCUUCCGCCAGUUCUUCGCCAAGAUCAAGACUGCAGACCAGCAGUAUCAGGACGCGUUUAACGACGAGCUGGAGUCGUUUAAGGAGCGAGUGCGCGGCCGGGCGAAGAUCCGCAUUGAAAAAGCCAUGAAGGAGUACGAGGAGGAGGAGCGUCAGAAGCGCCUGGGUCCCGGAGGCCUGGACCCUGUGGAGGUGUACGAGACCCUGCCAGCGGAAAUGCAGAAAUGCUUUGAUGAUAAAGACAUUCAAAUGCUUCAGGACGCCAUCAGCAAGAUGGACCCCACGGAGGCCAAAUUACACAUGAAACGCUGCAUCGACUCGGGAUUGUGGGUACCGAACUCACGUGUGGACGAAGAGGGAGAUAAAGGUGAAGCCGACGAGCCACAGUAUGAGGAAGUGAAGAAGGAAGAUCAGUGAUUGCUCCACACACACAUACACACACACACCGAAGGCCAAAGCAGAUUCCAGUUUGACCCACUGCGAUGAAGAGGAGGCUGAUGGGUCUCUCCUCUUCCUCUGUUCUGUCACUGUUGUUGUUUUAUUUAUGUGUGUUUGGCCUGUAGCGUGAGGCGAUUCACUUUCAGCGCUGCCGUAUUUUCUUACUCUGUUUCCCACAGACGUUUAGCAUGAAUGGAUGUGCAGAAAUCUGCAGUAUUAGACGCCCCAGAUGAACACUAUUAAUGAACUGGUGUAGUCUGGUUUUGCCUCUUUUAGUUCAGAUCGCUCUGCUCUGUUAGUGCUGAUGCUCAGUUUGUCAGAAUAAAAUCGUGGGCUGAUGGGCAA